GGCGGGAACAACAGCUUGUCUUGGACGAUUUGCACCUUCAUCUUCCUGUUUCUCUCCAGAGAAAAUGGCUCGAAACAAGGAAGGGUUGAUUUUAUUGGUUGAUGUUGGUCCAACGAUGCACAGUGUCUUGCCAGAAAUUCAGAAAGUUUGUUCUUUGUUAAUACAGAAGAAGCUGGUUUACAGCAAAUAUGAUGAAGUAGGAGUUGUUGUAUUUGGAACAGAAGAUACCAAAAAUGAUCUGACAAAAGAAGUGGGUGGAUAUGAACACGUCACAGUUUUACAGCCUAUCAAAGUUGUUGAUGGAGAUCUUGUUGAUGUUAUGCAACAACUUCCGCGAGGAACAGUUCCUGGAGAUUUUAUGGAUGCCAUUGUUGUCGGGAUGGAUAUGCUAAUUAAGAAAUAUCAAGAAACAAUCAAGGGUAAAAAACGUAUCUGUCUCAUUACAAAUGCUAUGUACCCUAUCAAAGAUCCAUAUGAAGGUACAAAAGAAGAUCAAGUCUACACCAUUGCUGAGCAGAUGGCUGCACAUGGGAUGAAAAUUGAUUGUAUCGUGUUUAAGGGAAACCAGAUACAUGAUACACAUGAUAGUAUCAUUAAAGAAAAUGACAUGCUGCUGAGUAUAUUUUCCAAGAAGACAAAAGCAAAGGCAGUGCGUGUUGAGAGUUCCACUUCAUUAUUAGGUGCACUAAGGACACGUAAUAUAUCUCCUGUAACCAUAUACAGGGGUGAUCUUGAACUAAGCUCCACAUUUAAGAUAAAGGUUUGGGUCUACAAGAAAACAUCCGAAGAGAAGUUCCCUACUCUCAAAAAGUAUUCAGAUAAAGCACCUUCAACAGAUAAAUUUGCCACUCACGAAAUCAAAAUAGACUAUGAGUACAAAAGUGUUCAGGAUCCUAGUAAAGUUGUGCCCCCGGAGCAAAGGAUAAAAGGUUAUAGAUAUGGACCUCAAGUGAUUCCUAUCUCGUCUGCUGAACUUGAAGCAGUGAAAUUCAGGCCAGAGAAGAGCGUGAAACUUUUAGGAUUCACAAAUGCUUCAAAUAUUAUGCGGCACUACUAUAUGAAAGAUGUCAACAUCUUUAUCGCUGAUCCGGGCAACAAAAAGGCUAUUAUUGCUGUUUCUGCGUUAGCAAGAGCAAUGAAGGAAAUGAAUAAAGUUGCAAUUUUACGGUGUGUAUGGAGACAAGGACAAACAAAUGUCGUCAUAGGAGUCCUGACUCCUAAUGUAUCUGAGAACGACAAUAUUGCAGAUUCUUUUUACUUCAAUGUUCUUCCUUUUGCUGAAGACAUUCGAGAGUUUCAGUUUCCUUCUUUCAGCAACCUUCCGGCAUCCGUGCAGCCAAAUUCAGAACAGCAAGAAGCUGCAGAUAAGUUGGUAAUGAUGCUGGACCUAGCACCAGCUGGUAAGGAGGAAGCUUUGCGGCCAGACUUCACCCCGAAUCCUGUUCUGGAGCGUUUUUACCACCAUCUUGAACUGAAAUCUAAGCAUCCAGAUGCAGCUGUGCCGCCACUUGAUGCAACUCUCAAAAGAAUUACAGAGCCUGAUCCUGAAGUAAUAUCCCAGAACAAGCUUGUCAUUGAUGAAUUUCGAAGAUGUUUUGAUCUUAAAGAGAAUCCUAAGCUGAAGAAAUCAACGAGGCGCUUAUUGAGGGACAGAACAUCUGGAUCAUUUGGAGGGGAAGUUGUUAAGAAUGAAGGCCGGUCUACCGACUUAGUGACCUCUACAUCUACAGUCAAGGUAGAGACAAUUGGGGACUCGACUCCUGUGCCAGAUUUUGAAGCUAUGAUAUCUCGUAGAGAUAGCCCUGAAUGGGUUAGUAAAGCGAUUUUUGGUAUGAAAAAUAAAGUAUUUGACCUGGUGGAGAACUCCUACGAAGGGGACACUUAUCCAAAGGCUCUAGAAUGCUUAGUUGCUCUCCGAAGGGGAUGUGUCAUUGAGCAAGAACCGAAGCAAUUCAACAACUUCCUGCACCAUCUGUAUAGAUUUUGCCAGGAGAAAGACCUAUCAAGUUUCUGUGAGUUUCUUGCUUCAAAAGACAUCACUCUCAUUACCAAAACUGAGGCUGAAGACAGUGAAAUCGCAGAAGGAGAUGCUAGAAGCUUGUUUGUGAAAGCCGAGCCGAAUUCAAGUAAGUAGGAUAAGUGCAAGUAGUUGAAAUGUUUAUGGUAUUAUGAUGGUAAGUUUUUGUGGUAAAUUGUAGUAGUUUUAUGCUUUUGAAGAUGCAUACAUCCUGGCAGAGUCUGUUUAUGCAUUCUGUAAUUAUAAUGGAGGUUAAAGAUUCCAUCAUAUAGAAAAUGGUGUGAUUUGCUAGUAAUUUGCUUGGUUC